AUGGACGCCGGCCUGAGCUUCCGGGGUCCACUGGCCGGAAGCUAUCCGCUGGCCAAUAGCUCCCCAAAAAAGUUUCGACGUCACCACUUUGUUCAUGAGGGCCAAUUCUCCCGCCUCCGCAACACACCCGAGAUGAGGUUCGCGGACCUGGCCAUUGACCUGGCCGCGGUGCUGAGCGCCUCGCGGUCCGUCGCCACCAAGCACGUCGCCCUGCGCGGCCGGCAGCUGCAGCGAUAUCGCGGCGCCGCGACGACCGUCGUCGACCUCAAGAACAAGGCCGAGGCCGCGGGCGCAGAGGUCUCGGACCAGAUCAGCACCCAAUUGAGCUCGAUCAAGGUCGAAAUUACACGCCCUGAUACCAAUGCACCAAGAACGGAGCCUCCGCCAGCGGCGCCGCCGCGACCAUCGACAGAAAGCAAGUAUGCGCAGGCGUCGCGCGAGUUCAACGCCGCUGCCAGACCCGAUGCCGAGGCGUUAGGCCUCCCCAGCGAGGUUGAUGUCAACAUAUUCCAUACCACAAGGGGGUCGCAGAUUCUGGAUUCGGUGCGCAAGCAGCGGCACAAGCAGGCUGCGGCGUCGGCGGGAGGGCCUGCCAAGGAACAUCCGCUACGGCACUGGGGAAGCUCUCCUCCAAUUCCGCAGGACCCCAUCGUUGUCAAGGCGAAAUCUCCACCAUCCGCAGAGACAAGCAAGCCGCAGGAGUCAAAGUCAGUUGAGCCAGAGGUGGCUGCUGCGCCAGCAACAGAGCAGCCCGUCACCGCCAAAACAGUGCCUCCACCAUUCACGAAGACGAGCGAGCCAGUGGCUGCUUCACCAGCAUCAGAGCAGCCCCUCAUCGAAGCCAUCACAGAGGCUGUAGAGCAAGGUGACUCAAAACCAGCCUACCAGCUAAGAGAAUCCAGUGUCCCUUCGUCGCGCAUCAGCCGCUUGUGGAAUUACGGCGGUCUCGCUGCUGGCAUGUUUGGCGGUGCUGUUUCAGAGAGCGUGAGCCGAGCAUUCGGUGGCGGCGGCCAAGGAAGCGUCCUGCUCAGUGGCGGAAACAUGGAGCGCCUUGUCGCCAAGCUGUCCCGCAUGCGCGGCGCCGCCUUGAAGCUCGGUCAGAUGAUGAGCUUUCAGGACUCCAAGAUGCUGCCCGCGCCCAUCCAAGAAGUCCUGCAGCGAGUCCAAGACCGCGCCGACUACAUGCCGGCCUGGCAACGAGACCGAGUCCUCACGGCCAACCUGGGUCCCGAGUGGCGCGAGCUCUUUUCCGAGUUUGACGAGACACCCAUCGCCGCCGCGUCCAUCGGCCAAGUCCACAAGGCGCGGCUCAAGGCCAACGACCGCCGCGUCGCCGUCAAAAUCCAGUUCCCCGGCGUCGCCGACUCCAUCAACUCGGACCUCGAUAACCUCAGCAUCCUCCUCACCGCCACCAAGCUCCUCCCGCGGGGCCUCUACCUAAACAAGACCAUUGACAAUGCCCGGCUGGAGCUCGGCUGGGAGUGCGACUACGAGCGCGAGGCCGAGUGCGCCGCGCGCUACAAGGAGCUCCUCGCCGGCGAAGAAGACGUCUUUGAGGCGCCGACCGUCUACCCGGAGGCGUCCGGCAAGCACGUCCUCACCAUGGACUUUCUCGACGGCGUCGGCGUCACGCGCGUCACGUCCUUUACCCAGGCCCAGCGCGACUGGAUCGGCACGCAGAUCCUGCGCCUGUGCCUGCGCGAAAUCACCGAGUUCCGCUUCAUGCAGACGGACCCCAACUGGACCAACUUCCUCUACAACGCCGACAGCAACAGGCUCGAGCUGCUCGACUUUGGCGCCUCGCGCGAGUACCCCGAGGAGUUUGUCCGGCAGUACGUGCAGCUGCUGGCCGCCGCGUCGCGGACCGACCGCGCCGCCGUCAAGGAGCUCUCGGAGCGCCUUGGCUAUCUGACGGGCCAUGAGAGCCGGACCAUGGUCGACGCGCACACCCAGUCGGUCCUGACGCUCGCGGAGCCGUUCCUCGCGUCCGCGCCCGAGGUCUACGACUUCCACGACCAGACCAUCACCGAGCGCGUCAAGGCCCUCAUCCCCGUCAUGCUGCAGGAGCGGCUGGCUCCGCCGCCCGAGGAGACGUACAGCCUGCACCGCAAGCUGAGCGGCGCGUUUUUGCUCUGCGCCAAGCUCGGCAGCAAGGUGCGCUGCAGGGAAAUGUUUGAAAAGGCCGUGGCCAAGUCUGGCUACGUCUAG